UUCAAAGUUUAGUUCUUUUUUUGGCACUGGGCGGAGCAGUUCACACUAAUAAGUCAUAAGUCAUUAGUAUGCAUAAUUUUCAACUGACAUUCGUUUGCCUGGCACUGUUCACUUUUAGCAGUUCCUUUGGAUACCAUUCUGAACCUCCUCCUCACACAAAACCAAAACAUAGCACUCGUCCAUCUCCAACUACUACAAUGACAACAGAUUCAACCUCAACUAGCUUAAUGACAACAUAUUCAACCCCAAGUGAGACGCAAUCUAAGUCUACUUCGGAUGCAUCUACUGAAGAAAGUACACAGACUUCAGACUUCACCGAAAGUUCAACAGGGAACUUUUCCACGACAACAGAGAUAAUUUCAAAGGAAAAUAAGACUCCAAAACAAAAAACUUUAUUAUUCUGUAUUUUUGGCACUGCAAUAUCCUUGGCUAUUUUAGUAGCUCUAAUAUACUGCAUUCGACGCCAUCAUGGUUCCUAUUCUGUGCAAGAGCAAUGCAAGCCCUUUGAAAGUACUGUAUAUUUUCAUAAUAUUAAAAUAAUAUUAUCUAAAUAAAAGGAUUUAAAUCAUAACUUUCAAACAAAUUUGUAUCCAUUAGAAAUAAACGUGACUCAUUUUUCCGGCAA